AUGGACCCGGUCAAGGAAAACGUCGACAAAUCGAUGACGCAAAUCCACAAGACCUGGUGGAAGCAUGUAAAUGGGACCGCCUCCCCGGGCCCCAACACCGCCGCUGGCCCUGCCCCUAUUGCUACUCCUAUACAGCCCGUUGCUCCCGUCGUCCCCGUUCUCCCUACCGGAAACUUCGUCACCAAGGCCUCGUUCGACAAGGUGAAGGAGGAGGUGACAUCUCUCGGGCUCUCGGUAACCGGUCUGCGGACCAUAGUGGCCGAUUUUCAGCACUGGAGGGACACCUUCCUCCAGGAUUUCGGCAAGUCCAGCCAGAAGCGCAACUCCAUCAAGGGCCUUUUCAGUAGCGGCUCGCCGCUGAAGGAGGAGAGUAUCCGGCUCCAUGAAGAUAUAGCGGUCACCGGCCCUAAAAUCGACCUUGCUGGGACGCUUGACACCGACAGUCCAGCCGUCAACAGUGAGUUUGAUGUAAUUACGGUGAGCUUUGUCGACAUUCGUGAUCCGACGGACCGUCACCAGCUUACGAACGUGGGCCGGGGGAGGAGAAGCAAACUCGCCCGCACCAUCCCCCAGCCCACCCUUCAACACGAAGUCAUGAGUCUACAAGUUAAACUCGCUACAUCUCGCAAACAAGCGCUGUGUACCAUCGAGGUGGAGAAGGAGCUCGGCACCGUGACUAAGCGUUUAGAGAGUCUCGUCAGGGAGCUACUCAUGUAG